CAAGCAUUAAUACUGGUCAUUGCAUAAAGGAAUAUGUACAUAAACAGAGGCAACAUUGAAAUCCCCUGUUACGCAACAAACAGCCUUUUUUACCUUCUUGUGGAAAUAGAGUGAUUGACCCAAUAUGCAGUAAAGAUAGAGCACUUUACACAAGAAAAGAAAAACAAGUUCUACUGUUCUUGAAAUAAGUCUGGUGCAAACUGAUGGACAUAUAUUUACAUAGCCUCUACUGGAAUAGGGAUCAUUUGGAUCUGAAUUGAUGGCAAAGUGCUCUGAGAUGCUUUUAUGUAGUUUGGGUCACUGUGCAGUCUAUCUUUUACGAGUUUUGCACCCAAGCAGGAAGCCAGAAAGAGGGGCUGGACUGAGUGGGACUGUAUACUGAAGUGCUCUGCCUUCAGGUCCAAGGGACAGGCCACAGGUGGCUCAGAUUCAUCAAGGCUUCUCUUCCCUUUCUGCCAAGGCUGUGUUUGGGUAACUAAUGAGGCUGAACUUGGAGGACACAGGAGGUAACACUGCCCCCUUACAGCACCCACUUGCAGUGGGUGUGGAAGGCAGCUGAGGACAUUAAUGAAAGCUGGAUGAUUAUUAAAGAAAAUGUCUUAGAGCAUCAACCCAAAUUGAUAAAGGAAAUCAUGCUCACUUUGUGCUGGAUACUAACAUUGUUUGUCAGUGGGGUAGAAGUUAGAGAGAUUAACUUGCCAGGAUGUUCCCAUGUUGAACCUCAAAUAUGGUAUCGUGCAAUUAAUGGUGAGGAGUUCGUUCUACGGUGUGCUUUACCAGAGAGAGAUGCUACCAGCAUUUAUAACAACUCACUUCUAAAUCAACAUAAGCUGGAAUGGUUCUGGCAUCAGAAGGAUAAAGAGACACUGAAGGCUGUCAAGGAAAGCUCAAAUCUGGCUUUCCAAGGGGAUGCACUUUGGUUUAAACCAAUAAGGGACAGUGCUUCUGGAGUGUACAUCUGUAGGAUGUGGGGAAAAAUCCCAUGUCUCGAAAUUGUUUUGGAUGUUCAAACAAAGAAGGCAGCAAAAUGUUCAGGUUAUGACACAAACAUGCUAUAUCUGCUUGCUGGCACUGGGAAUUCAAUAACCUGUCCUGGGACAAAAUGUUACAGCCACAUUAAAAAGCCAGAUGUAAAAUGGUACAAGGAUGGUCACCAGGUAAAACACAGGAAAAGCAGACCAAGCCUAAAGCUUAAGCAGAAUGAAAUCUACUUGAAUCCAACCUAUGACAAAGAUGCUGGAAUAUAUGUGUGUGAUUACACUCUGCCUGACAACACUACCAACUGGACAGUGAGAACAGCAGUAACAGUAGAAGUCAUUGCAAAAAACACUAUUCAUCCGCCAAACCUUUUGUAUCCCAAUGGUGUUGUGAUCCUCGAAGCAGAGCUUGGCAAGCCACUUGAAUUGGAAUGCCGUGUACAGUUUGGGUUUGAAACAGUUUCUCCAAUGAGGGUAACAUGGAAACGAAGUGACGAGGAGAAUAUAAAUGAGAAACUGAAUCAGGAAACAAGUGUCUAUCCAAAAGGUUUGAAGGGGAGCACACUUCUUCAUGUUGCAACUUUGAAAGAAGUUACUGAAAAGGACCUCAGAAGCAACUUCACAUGCUUUGCUGAGAAUUCAGUGGGAAAUGCCACCGCUGUGAUCCAGCUGAAAAGAAAGCAGAGAGUGUUGUUCCUAUAUGUACUAUGCAGUGCCAUUUCUACUCUAUUUGCAUUUGUUUUGUGCACUGCCUUUAUUUACCAGCACUGGAUUGAAAUAGUGCUGAUGUAUCGAAGUUAUCUGGUCCACAACAAAAAUACAGAAGAUGGCAAGGAAUUUGAUGCGUUUGUGUCCUAUGCAAAAAUAAACUCUUCUGAAAGUGACUCUGCUUUAAUUAGUGAAGAAAAAUUUGCCCUGGAGCUUCUUCCAGAUAUGCUAGAAAAUAAAUAUGGAUACAAGUUAUGUAUUCUUGAAAGAGAUAUUCUUCCAGGAGGAGCAUACACAGAUGAAGUUGUAACAGCUAUUAAACAAAGCAGACGGGUAAUCAUUGUUUUGAGCCCAGCCUAUGUCAGCGGACCAAGCAUCUUUGAACUGCAGGCAGCAGUGAACUGUGCAUUGGAAGAUAAAAGAAUAAAACUAGUAUUAAUAAAGUUCCAGGAUUUCCAAGAGCCAGAGAAUCUGCCUCCAGUAGUGAAGAAAGCACUUCGGAUUUUACCAAUCGUUACCUGGAAGUCUUCCAUUUCUGCUGCUCCACACAAGAAGUUCUGGAAAUACAUGCAUUACCACAUGCCAAUGAAAACUACGAAGAGGCUGGGAAGUUUCAGCCUGAAGAGCUUAUCCCAAAGGUUAUUCAGGCUGGUAUAUUGAUAGGAGAAAUUUCACAGGGGGAUGACAUCAGGAUCAGAAAUGGUAACAUGAUUGUCAAAGACCUUUUCUAUAUCAUCCGACCACUGUCAACUGUCACUACAGCCAGCAAUAGCUCCCUCCAAAACAGUCAGGAGGACUGAAGUGUCACAGUGCACAGCAAAACUGUGCCACUUCACACAACUGUAAAUGUGAGCUAUCUCUCAUAAAUUAAUAUUUAAUUACAAUUUUUAUUAUAUUUAUUAUACCAUUUUGUUGUGAUUUUGAGACAUACAAUGUUCUUUGCACUGUAUUUCUUUCUGGAAUAUUUUUACACUUGUUUUCUAGAAAAAGAUUAAAAAAAGGGAAAUCAAGAGGAAGCUUGCAGUUUAAUUUCUGAUGCAGUCCAGUGGGACAAAGCCAAAGUUUUCAAAUGAGUUACCUCCUCCAGUGCGAACACCAAGAAAAUACAGUGGGAGACUACUACAACUGGGUAUGCCAAAGGGAUUCAGAAAAGAGGGACCACUGCAUAGGCUUAUGCCAGGCAUCUCCAUCCUUUCUUCAGUGAGAGGAAGAAUUCUACCACUUUUGAAACAAUUCACACUCAGGGA